CUCUCACUGUGAUUGGCUGCUGCGUGUCGUCACUCCGCUGCAUGUCUGAAGGUGAAGUUGAGGCGAGCGUGUGAGUCCCUGUCCAGUUAUCGGUGCAAAAUGUCCUCCGCUGGACUUUUAAACAUGCACGCUAACGGCUGCAGACGCCUGGCUCACAAGUACCUGUCAAGAACCUACACAUCUCGGCCCUCGCUCAAUGAAGUCGUCAUCGUCAGCGCAGUCCGCACUCCAAUGGGCUCCUUCAGAGGCAGCCUGGCAGCAGUACCAGCCACUAAACUGGGCUCCAUCGCCAUCAAAGGAGCCAUAGAAAAAGCAGGAAUCUCUCCUGAGGAGGUGAAGGAGGUCUUCAUGGGCAAUGUGCUUCAGGCAGGAGAAGGACAGGCUCCCACCAGACAAGCCUUGCUUGGCGCAGGCUUGUCCCUCGGCACUCCAGCAACUACCAUCAACAAGGUCUGCGCCUCUGGGAUGAAGUCCAUCAUGAUGGCAGCCCAGAGUCUUAUGUGUGGACACCAGGAUGUGAUGGUAGCAGGAGGAAUGGAGAGCAUGUCCAACGUACCUUAUGUAAUGACCAGAGACACCCCAGCGUACGGAGGAGUGAGGGUUGAAGACCUCAUUGUGAAGGAUGGACUCACUGAUGUCUACAACAAAUUCCACAUGGGAAACUGUGCAGAGAACACAGCCAAAAACUCCAACAUCACCAGGGAGGAACAGGACGCCUACGCCAUUAGCUCCUACAGCCGCAGCAAAGUGGCAUAUGAAUCUGGAGUGCUGGCCAAGGAGAUUGUACCAGUCAGUAUUCCCCAGAGAGGCAAACCUGAUGUGAUCGUGAGCGAGGACGAAGAGUGGAGGAGGGUCGACUUCAGCAAAGUCCCCAAACUGAAGGCUGUGUUCCAGAGAGAGAAUGGCACGGUGACAGCAGCCAAUGCCAGCACGCUGAACGAUGGAGCAGCUGCUCUAGUUUUAAUGACAGCAGAAGCUGCCCAGAGACUCAAUGUCACUCCACUGGCAAGGGUUGUCUCCUUUGCUGAUGCCGCGGUCGCACCAAUUGAUUUCCCCAUUGCUCCUGCGUUUGCUGUACCUAAGGUGCUGAAUGCAGCAGGGUUGAAGAAGGAAGAUAUCGCCAUGUGGGAGAUCAAUGAGGCCUUCAGCGUAGUCGUCCUGGCCAACAUCAAGAUGUUGGACAUUGACCCAGAGAAAGUCAACGUCAACGGUGGAGCUGUGUCCCUGGGACAUCCAAUUGGGAUGUCUGGGGCGAGAAUUGUGGGUCACAUGGUGCACAAUCUGAAAUCAGGACAGUACGGGCUGGCAGGCAUCUGCAACGGAGGCGGUGGAGCUUCAUCUAUUAUCAUCCAGAAGUUGUAGGAAACUUGAAAGUGUUCUCUCCCUGAUACACUCGUUCAAGUAUUUGUUGACAAACUAUUGAUUCUGAACGUUAUGAAACCUGUUAACUCCCUUUUCACUGUAAGGAAAGCAUCUGUUACAACCGUGGCCUUAGUCCAACAUGACAUCAUGACUCCAGCAUUAAACACUCCCUUGUUUGUCAAAACCACUUGUGAAAACAAUUGAUAAAUAUUUAACUCUGUUGAAAUGGUUGAAUAAAUACUGUAGUUUUCAUGAAACCA